ACGGCCAUUUGUAGCCUAGCAGAGCCUGCUGAGGCUUUCACUCCGCCGAAGGCAGCCGCGCGGCAGAAGGAGGAGCCUGUGACUGGCAGCUGCCCCCGAGCGGCGGGCGGGUUGUGGUCCUCGCGCCUCCCUUUGCCGGAGUUCAGUCGCGCGCAGCGGCCAAGCGGCGUCCGGGCCCGUGGUGGUGGUGGCAGCCCCGCGGCAAGCGACCCAGCAGCCGAACAGCGCGGCGAAGGCAGAGCCUGCCGCUCUGCUCCCUUUUAGCCCGGCCUGGGCUCUUUCUCGAUGGCCGCGGGCUGCAGAGACGGCCCGGGGCAGGAGAAGUACCGGCUGGUGGUGGUGGGCGGUGGCGGAGUGGGCAAGUCCGCCCUCACCAUCCAGUUUAUCCAGUCCUACUUUGUAACUGACUAUGACCCAACAAUUGAAGAUUCCUACACAAAACAAUGUGUGAUAGAUGAGAGAGCAGCAAGACUGGACAUCCUAGAUACAGCAGGCCAGGAAGAAUUUGGAGCCAUGCGGGAACAGUACAUGAGGACAGGAGAAGGUUUUCUGCUGGUGUUCUCAGUCACUGACAGAGGAAGUUUUGAAGAAAUUUAUAAGUUCCAAAGGCAAAUUCUUAGAGUGAAAGAUCGUGAUGAAUUCCCUAUGAUUCUUGUUGGUAACAAAGCAGAUUUGGACCAUCAAAGACAGGUAACACAAGAGGAAGGGCAGCAGCUAGCGAGACAGCUUAAAGUAACGUAUAUGGAAGCAUCAGCAAAAAUACGACUAAAUGUAGACCAAGCAUUUCAUGAACUUGUCAGAGUUAUAAGGAAAUUUCAAGAACAAGAAUGCCCACCUUCCCCAGAGCCAACAAGGAAGGAAAAGGACAAGAAAGGAUGCCAUUGUGUCAUCUUCUAAGAAUCCUCUAAGCCAAGCUAUCAACUGCCAGAUCAAUGAAUUCUUUCACGUGCUUUUCUGUGUCUCCCUUGGUGUCUUGUCUAGCCUUAUAUGUGCAUGUUGCAUAAAUGGUCACCAAAAUAGCCUUAGUCUAAAAGAAACAGGCUGACCCAGUCCUAGAAGACAACUUGGUCAUCUCAGGGCAGAUGUCAAGCACUAAGGCUUUUUAAAAAAUACCCUACUUUCUUUCUGCCCUUAAAGAAGCUUGCACCUUGUGGAGUUUUAUUCACAAUGGAGUCAAAACGGUCUUAGAACAAAAUAUUGAAAUCAAACUUAAAGUUGAUGUAUGAGUAUGUUUUUCCCACAUGUGAUGCCUUUUGUUAAUCAUAGUCGAGGGAGUCCUCUAAUCAAAAUAUAGAAUAUUUUUUUAAAACAAUGGAUUUGGAGGCUUACCCUUUGAUUAGGUUAAACUUCAGAAUCCAUCUUGCCUUACAGGAAGCCAAUACACUGAAUUUCAUUGUCAAUAAAGUUUCGUUUCAGCUCUUGUUUAUGCUGCAUCUUUUUUUUAAAGUGGUCAGAAGUCUACUGUAUUUAUUUUAUGGUUCCAGUAACAGCUACAGGCUUAUUACUUCAACUCUGUUGCCAAAUAUCCGGACUCACUCUGGACUUGGGCAUUUCAGUUAGAAGAUUUUUACAUCAUGGGUUUGGAAUAAAAAUGAUUUCUCUUCCUUUUGUAUUUCCAGGUAAGCAAUUUGAGAAAAUUGAACCUGUAGCUGGUUUUGUUUUCGUAUAAUGUAAAAAGAUGAAUUUGCUCUUUUAAUUGUCAGAUGAUUAAAUGUUUUUUGCUAUAUACUUUUAUACAUUAUUUUCUUAUCAAACUAGUUAACAAGUAUUUUUAUAUGUUUGUAAGCAAAUAUGCUUUCAUGGCAUAACUUGUGUAUAUGUAAAGAUAAGUAUUUAAUUCUCUCAGUUCACAUUUAACUGACAAAAUUAAUACAGGAUCUGCAGAACUGUGGUAGAAUCUUUCUUCUGUUCCAGUUGAAUCCACCAGUGGCCACUCUUGUGGCUGCCCAAUAUAUCUGUUCAAGUUGUCAUGUUUUUGAAAUUGCCUUCCAUAUCCUUUAUAAAAGACUGACCAUUAUGUGAUUGUUAAACUGUACAAACUUCUGACUAUUUGGUUCAAUUGUGGAUGGAUGUUUGACUUUGAUUUUUAUGAACUGUGCUAAAUAAUUAUUGGGAUCAUUCUGUGAAAAUGAAAUACUAAGUGGUAUUAUCUCUGUCACCUCUACUGAAAGUGUACAACAGUUCUAUACAAUUCACGUAUGAAACAUGCCCUUGUAUAACUUCAGGUGCUAGAAUUAAAAGUGAUUAUUAUGAAAAAGGUAAAA